AACUAUUGACUCCGAUUUACUCAGUGUCAAGGAAUGAACUACUAUUACUAGUGUAAUAAACAGCAGUCUACUAACGUCUAUUUUACUAAAUAGUAUAUUUAUUUAUGUAUGUAUUAUAUGCAUUCUUUCUUUCUUUCGAAAUAGCAUGAACAUUGUUCUGACGAUUCUUCAACGAUGUCAUAUAUUUCAUCAUUUAAUUUGCUAAAUUCAGAUUCACCCAUUAACAUUAAUGGAGAAACAUUACAAGACGAAUUAGCACUUUGGGCAAAUGCCCAAUUCAAUUUUGAUACUAUUCCUGGCACAGCUCUUAAAGAGGAUGUUAAUAAAGGAAAGGAUGAUCAAGAACUUAUCCAAACCUUAACUGAACUUUCCCAAUUGGUACAACAUCAAAAUAAUACUACCGUUCCUCCUCAUGAGCAACAGACAGAUAAAGUGCUGGGUUGUUUCCCUAUUCAAUUUCCUUCAUCUACAAAUAAUGCUGCAUCUUUACCUCGAAUCGCACCAGCUCCUGGACCGUUUAGUAGCGUUCAAUUGAUGGAAAUUCAUCAAGCAUUAUAUACCAAUAAUAAUUACAAGCAACAAAAACGCUCCGAAAAUGAAUCAAGUGCGGAAGAAGAUAAAAGACGUCGAAAUACAGCAGCAUCAGCAAGAUUUCGUAUGAAAAAGAAACUUAGAGAACAAGCCCUUGAACGUACUACAAAAGAAAUGGAGGAGAAUGUGGAGAUACUUGAAGCUAAAGUAAAAGAACUUGAAAUGGAAGCAAAAUGGCUUCGUAAUCUUAUUCUUGAAAAAGAUCCUAAUCUUUUAAAUCAAAUAGAAGAGAAUUCUAAUAAAGAAGAUGCCUCUACUAGUAAAAAAUAAAAGUAAUAAAAACAAAAAAAAAAAAAAAAAAAAAAAAAAAAAAA